CAAGAAGAGAAAGUUGCUGCUUCUCCGGUCACCCCAUUUUCAAGGGAAAAUCAAUUCAAAAAAUAUGAAAUCCACUCCUAUCAUUGUCGCCUUUCCUCUUUUUUGAUAAACAUAACGCGUUCUGAUUUUCAUACAUUUUGUUUUUUUUUCGUCGGGGGAGAAUCGGAUGGCGAAGACGGUUUUGUUGAGUUCCGAUCCAACGGUUAGUGCCAGAGCGGUGGAAUUGAAGAAAGAAUUGCAAAGUCUGGUUAGGACCAUCGUCGACGAUGAGGAUUACAGCAUCCACGCCGUCGAUCAAGCUAAAGAUACUCUAUGUGCUUUGAGACAUCUUAAGCUCAAUAAACAAUCUACGGCGGCCACCGCCACUACCACCACCACGUCAUCCUUGAAGUUACAUGAAGCCUUUUCGUGUCCCGAAGAGUUUAAAUGUCCUCUUUCUAAAGAGCUUAUGAGAGAUCCUGUCAUUUUAGCUUCUGGUCAGACAUACGACAGACUAUUUAUACAGAAAUGGCUGAAUGCGGGCAACAGGACUUGCCCUCGGACACAACAGGUUCUUUCACACACACUUCUCACUCCGAAUUAUCUUAUUUUGGAUAUGAUAUCGCAGUGGUGCAAGAGUCAGGGGAUCGAAUUGCCAAGCCCUGUUAUGAAUGGUAAAGAGGAGGGGGUCACGGUAGCAGAACGCGAUCAUUUCUUUUCUUUGCUCGAGAAGUUAACUGCUGUGCUUCCUGAACAGAAGAAAGCAGCAAAGGAGCUCCGGAUGUUGACGAAAAAGAUGCCUUCAUUCCGGGCUCUUUUUGGUGAAUCUGUUGAUGCCAUUCCUCAACUGCUCAACCCAAUCUCUGGCAGCGAAUCUAAAGGUGGUGUUCACCCUGACCUCCAGGAAGAUGUGAUCACAACACUCUUGAAUCUUUCAAUUCAUGACAGCAAUAAGAAGCUUGUUGCUGAAACUCCAGCAGUUAUUCCUCUUCUUAUGGAAGCACUGAGAUCCGAGACUAUUGAAAUAAGGUGCAAUGCAACUGCAGCACUUUUCACUCUAUCUGCUAUUGAUUCUAACAAGGCACUUAUUGGUAAAUCAGGUGCCUUGAAACCUCUGAUUGACCUUCUCGGUGAAGGUCAUCCAUUAGCUAUGAAAGAUGUUGCUUCUGCGAUAUUUAACCUAUGCAUUAUUCAUGAGAAUAAGGCAAGAGCCAUGAGGGAUGGUGUGAUAAGUGUCAUUUUAAAAAAGAUUAUAGACGGUGUUCUUGUUGAUGAGUUAUUGGCUAUCCUUGCAAUGCUUUCAACCCAUCAGAGGGCUAUGGAGGAAAUCGGGGAGCUUGGAGGCAUUCCAUGCUUGCUUCGGAUUAUCAGGGAGAGCACUUGUGAACGCAACAAGGAAAAUUGCAUUGCAAUCCUCCACACCGUAUGUCUUAAUGAUCGAACCAAGUGGAAGGCAUUAAAGGAAGAAGAGAGUACCCAUGGAACGAUAUCCAAACUUGCUCAAGAUGGAACUUCUAGAGCCAAAAGAAAAGCUACUGGCAUUCUCGAAAGACUGAGGAGGGCUGUUAAUAUUACUCAUACUGCAUGAAGACAUUACUCGAUGCAUAACUAUCGAGUGCAUCAUUUGUAAAUUCUGCUUCCAACACCCAGUGAUCAGGUUUGUAAAUACUUGUGCCUCAUCAGAGUUUUUAAUCUCGGUUUUACGAGUUUGCUGUUGUUAAUAAACACUCUGGAAGCUUAUGUUUAUAGAUUUCUCUUUUGUCUGGUCCAAUAACUUUCUUUUCUGCAGGCAUUUUGGCGUUUACAGGUAACAGAAUCUUGGCUCUUUUUUACUUAUUUCCUAUCAUACAUAUGAAUUUGUAUUCGGAUUUCAGUGUGCAUUAGUUUCUUUCGUUUCAAACCAAUAGUUUCUUGCACAAUAUCGCAUGGCCGUUUUUAGUAGAUACUUGAGUUUUAC